AUGCCCGAAUUUCCAAUAGUAGAUUUUUAUUCUUUAGCACAAAAUGAAACACCUGUUUUUUCGGAACUUAAUUUUAAUUAUAUGGGAUAUGAUCCUACAUGCAGGAAAGUUAUAUUUACUUAUAAUAAUAAAAUUAAUGAUGUAGAUGCCAAUAUGCCUGAAUUGUUAACUAAUUUUUAUAAUUAUAUAAACACACAAAAAUUAGAAACAAAAUAUAAUGAUGUUAUGUCCACGCUUAUAACAAGAUCAGGGCACAUUGAUAAUUUAUAUAAAAAUAUAACACCGGUUAAUAUUUUAUUAAGCAAUGGUAUAUUUAUACUUACUAUACCUAGAGAGCAAAAUAGAUUUUAUACUUGCCCAAGUCAAAAUAUAUUCUUUAAACCUCCAGUAAAACCCACAAUAAAUAUGUCACCGAUUAUGUUUCAAGAACACAUCGUUGUUAAUAGAAUAAGUUAUUAUUUAGUUGCAGCAUUGUGUUAUGAUGAUAUAGAUUCUGAUGCAUUUAAUCAAUCAAACGUUUAUUUUGUAGACGCAGACCAUAAAAUAGGCACAUACGCGUUUAUAAAAAUAUCUGACGGUAAUUGGGUCGAAUAUAAUACCAAUGAUGUGAUAUUGACCCAUAGAACCAAUAAUCGUUUAGAAAGAGCUUUAAUUAACUAUCAUGGAAGAUUAAAUACAGAUGUAGAAUUUAAUACAUGGAAAAAUUCAAACGAUGCCAAAAAUAUAAAAAAAGAGAUUCUUAAUAAUAAAAUUUCUUUAUUAGAUAUGAAAAUAGAAAAUAAUACAGCUUUAAAUAAAAUAUCCAUAGAUUCGUGUUUAUUGUUUUAUAGUGAAAAUUAUGAUGAAUACAAAGCGCGUAUAGAAGACAAUCUAUCAAAUUAUUAUUAA